GCAAGGACCAGGGCCUAAAUGGACAAUUGGUUGUCGAAUCCAUGUCGAAUUCUACGGUUUCCAUAUUUGAGUUUGGGAUAUCCUCGCCUGAUUGUCGAACUCCACCGCAGCGUCCUUGCCCGGAGCCUUCCAUAUUUGAUAUCCUCGUCAACAAGUACAAAUACACCACGCCUCCGUUCCCAACGGGAAUCCUCUCCAUCGCAAUUCUUUCCUUCGUUAUUAAGAGAGCGAGAGGGAGAGCAGUACGUACGGGACCAAGAAAACGGCCGCGGCGACGGCGAUGGUGUCGCCGCGCGGGGCAGGAAAGGCUAGCCAGGGGCGGAGGCGCAGGGAGCUGGUCCUUAUCGAGGACCCCAAGAGCCGCCUGGUGACCUUCUCCAAGCGCAAGUCGGGGCUUUUAAAGAAGGCCUCGGAGCUCUCCCUCCUCUGCGGCGCGCGCGUCGCCGCCGUCGUCUUCUCCGCCACGGGGAAGCCGUCCGCAGUGGGCGCCCCCUCCGUCGAACGCGUUAUCAGCCGGUUCACCCCGCUCCCCAGCGGCGAGGGCGACGAUGACCGCGAGCGCGAGGUGAUGGAGGUCACGGCGCGGCGGGCGAAGGAGACCGGCGCGCGCGUGGCCGAGGAGAAGACGCGGAUGCACGCCGUCGGGGAGAAGGUGCUCCGGGCCGCGGCGGCGGGCGGGGUUCGCUUCUGGUGGCAGGCGGACGCGGAGGCGCUCGGUGAGGAGGAGCUGCGGGAGUUCGCCAGGAAGCUCCGCCGGCUCAGGGACAACGUGCGGCGCCGCGCUGACAAGCUGCAGCUGGCCCCAGCUGCUUCCCAGCCGACGACGGCGCCCAACAUUUUACAAUUUGGCUUUUUUUUAAAAAAAAAUUUGCUUCUUUGACCCUAUAAAACUUCAUCUCGGUUUUGGACCCAGGAGAUCGACGCCAUGUAUCAUAGCGUCGAGGUAUCACGGCUCGACGCCAUGGAUCAAGGCGUCGAGGUCCCUAGCUGUGCCCAGCGGGGCUUCUAACGUGGCUCUGACGUGGCAGGGAGCUCGACGCCGUAGAUCACAACGUCGAGCUCUCUACUACAAAUCAGCCGACGCCCUUCGCUACCGUGGACGCAGUUUAUAUUUUCAUCUCCCCUCUCGGCUCUUCCUCUCCAAAAACCGAGCACGAAUUUGGAUUCAAUAUUUCGACCAUCAAAAGUUUGAUUUGAUCCAUAGAUCUUGAAGAGCCAGAAUGCCACGUCGUGGAAAAAGUAGCAAACCAAGCUAUGGCCGGACGACCGGGAGUCCGUACAUCCACAAGCCGCUUCCUAGCGGUAUUCCAGUACCUAUGUGCUUUUGUGGUGAUCCUUGCAAGGUAGAAAUUCCAGAAGACGAGAAAACCUAUCGGCAGAGGUAUUGGAUGUGUUCCAAUUUUGCCUGGAAGCCUACGCCAAAACAACGCCGCAGUAACUUUAUUUGGAUCGACACUGAGAUUAAGGAGUCCGACAAGCGGCUUCUACAAGGCCUAAAGGAGUGGGAUGCAGAGCGUGCAGAGAUAUUAGAGAAGAGACGUAGAGAUGAGGCUCAAAAGAGGGAGCACAAGGAAGAGGAGGAAAGAAGACGUGUUGCUGCGGCUCGGGAGGAGAGGGAAAAGAAGCUUGAGCGUGUGCGCCGAGCGAAGGCAGCGAUGGAUGAGAAUCCAGAUGCCCAGCGGAAGGGAAAGUGGCCUCGUUGCACUCAGUAGUUACAUUACCUUCUUGUUCUAUGUUUGGUUCAUGGACAAUAUUGUUUAGUGUUGGACUUUUCAAUUUGUUGUCAUGUAAUGCACUUUAGCAAUUUUAAUUUGGUUUCAUUAUUAGUAGACAAUAUUUUUAUUUGA